AUGCAACCAUAUCACGUGCAUGCAAGGAAAACGACGUCGCAACGCCUGACCGUUAGAAACGCCGUCACUGUCGACGCCGGGUUCCUGUGUCCUUCUCAGUUGUCAAGACACCAAUCAGAAAACGACACACCAGCUUUCCCUUGCGCCGAAGUUCCACCUGUGAUGGUUGAAACCGACAUGGACACCGAAACUGCUGCAAAUGCUGUUCAAUCAAAGGAAACUCCAAACAAUGUUCCCAUCCCUCACCAUUCCUCACACCCUCCUCUUAAUGAAAGGAUUAUUUCAUCCAUGACCAGGAGAUCUGUUGCUGCACACCCGUGGCAUGACCUUGAGAUUGGGCCUGGUGCUCCAACGACCUUCAAUUGUGUAAUUGAAAUUGGGAAAGGGAGCAAGGUGAAAUACGAACUUGACAAAAAAUCGGGGCUUAUCAAGAUCGACCGCGUGCUUUACUCAUCAGUUGUGUAUCCUCACAACUAUGGUUUUAUCCCACGUACUAUUUGUGAGGACAGUGAUCCCUUGGAUGUCUUGAUCAUUAUGCAGGAGCCGGUUCUUCCAGGUUGCUUUCUUCGAGCCAAAGCAAUUGGUCUCAUGCCCAUGAUUGAUCAGGGGGAGAAAGAUGAUAAAAUAAUCGCUGUCUGUGCUGAUGAUCCUGAGUAUCGACAUUACAAUGAUAUCAAGGAGCUUCCUCCACAUCGUUUAGCUGAAAUUCGUCGUUUCUUUGAAGACUACAAGAAGAAUGAAAACAAGGAAGUUGCAGUAAACGACUUUUUGCCUGCCUCAGCUGCUUUUGAAGCGAUUAAAAGAUCUAUGAGUUUGUAUGCGGACUACAUAGUAGAGAGCUUGAGGCGGUAG